AUGGUUGAAACCCAUUAUGGAUCGACGUUUGAAGGUGAAUGGAUCGACGAUGGUGUUGAGCAUGGACAUGGCAUCGAGACAUUUAUCGAUGGAAGUUGUUAUUGUGGCAUGUAUAUAUUAGGCGAUAGACAUGGACAGGGAACAAUGACUGAAGCAGAUGGAACUCGAUUUGAUGGUAUUUGGUACAAGAAUAUUUUGUUUAUCGAUGAUGUCAAUAUCUCUUUCUUGAUAAACACCAUAAAGUUAAGCAAAAAGGUUUAUAACGACGUCUCCCUUCUGUCUCAGCGACUUCAAAUAGUUAUAAAUCUUAAAGCAUUUAUUUUUGAUCGUAUAGAGGCAGUCUGCCAUCGUCCUGGAACCCUAUCAACCACAUUAGAGACGAUAUUAAAAUGUGCGUCACCGCAGUACAUUAACUCUUUCGUUAACGAUUUCGUUCGCUUUGAGCCUGAGCGAUGGAAUAUACUUAUUCUGGCAGCAAGAAAUGGAUUCUAUAAUGUUGUUGAAAUACUCUUGAAGAAGUUCAAUGUGAAUAUUGAAAUAGAAGGUUGUGUUGACUAUGACAGUAUUUUUAUUAACGGAGCCACUGCUUUAUGGUGUGCGGCCGCAUCUGGUCAUCUAAAUAUUGCUGAGCUAUUGGUUCGAUACGGAGCUGACGUGAACCAUCACACCCGCACUAAUUCAGGUCCAUUGAGAGCGGCAUGUUUCGAUGGUAAGUAUAAAAUAGUGAAGUUUCUUACUGAACAUGGAGCGAAUGUAAAUCUGAAAAAAGUUGAUGGGACCACCAACCUAAUAUUGUCAGUAUAUUACGGCCAUUUGAAUGUUGUUGAUCUCCUACUCAAAGCAGGCGCAGACCCAAAUAUAACGGACUAUACCGGUUGCCUAGCUCUACAUUAUGCAUGUGAACAAGGUCAUUUGGAUAUUGUUAAACUGCUGCUUGACGAUGAAUCAAGGAGAACACAAAAUGCAUGUGGACAUACACCACUGAUGACGGCUGCUAUGCAUUCUCAACCCUUGAUAGUUGAAUAUUUAGUCUCGCAUUGUUCAUACGUGGAGUAUAUUGAGGCUUUAGAAAUAUUAGCUGCGUCAUAUUGCAAUGAUGGCGUUGACGAUUUUGAGCAAACGUACAAGUUUUUGCUCAAAGCUAUGCAGUUAAGAUACGCUGACCCGCUUGCACCGGUUGUAAAACCCAUACUACCCGUUAUAGCCGCUUAUAACGAUAGAGCAGAAUGCCAAACUAUCGAUCAGCUAGAAAAUAUUCGCUAUGAUACAGAAGCUCUACGCAUAGAAACUCUACUUAUCCGAGAACGAAUAUUAGGUGUUCAUAGCAAUGCACUUCACUACUCCAUCCGACACAGAGGUGAGACGUACCGUGACGCAAAGAAAUUUGAUCAGUGCCUUAAGCUUUGGCUAAGAGCAUGCGAGUUGAAACAAAUAACGGUGAAAAAGUCAUUAGAAAAAGAUAUGAAAUGUUUUGAAAGUUUGUUUAUGGAUAUGCUCGCGCAGCAGAUUAAAAUAUCAACUGAUAUUCUUGCGCAAGUGUUAAAUAUUAUCAUUGAAGAGGUACAAAGAAAUAGGCAAAGAAUUAAGGGUUGCCUCAUUGACAAAGAAAAGAAGCAACAAGAAGAUGAAUAUGAAAGCAAUUGCUACACGUCGCUGUAUAUGGUAGCUGUUAUAGCAAAGGUACAUAAAGCAAAGGUUAAUAUACGAAGAAGAAGAAUACCCUGCCUUGCGGCCACCGUUAUCGGUAUAGGAGGCUGCCGAGUGGCAGUUUCAUUAGCACGAUAUCGUUCCUGCAUAGGGGUGUCACUGUUCUUUACCAAGUGA